AUGAAGCUAGCUACCUAUCUCUUGGCUCUGGUCCUGUUCGCCGGAUUCUUCCUGCUCCAGCCUUCCUCUGCGCAGACGAACUCCACCACUACCACUAAUACCACCUCUACUACGGAGGCAUCUACUACGGAGGCCUCUACAACCACGACCACGGCCACCUCCGCGGCCAAAACUGCUAAUAGGAAACAUUUCACGAUCACCAACAUGAAAUACAAAGUCGUUCGCAAGAUUAAAACAAAAAAGAACGUAACCGGUUAA